AUGUCGAAAUUAGAUACUGCGUCUGAACUGAACAUAUCGCUUGAGCCUCAUCUCCUCGAGGCAUUGCGGAAGCUACCUCCUACGCUGAUUCCGUCGCUUUCCUCGCAAUUGAGCGCCGUUCUUAAUGCCGACAAUUCUGAGGCAUCUGCAUCGUCUCGCACGAUCCCAUACCCACUGCUCGCGUCAAUCUCUUCCUGGGCGCGCUCUGCUGACGGCGAAAGGGCUCUAAGAGAGAACGACCCUCCUCUCCAGCCCAGUGACUACAGUAUGGUAUCGCUGCUGGCCGGUACGCGCACCUCUCCCGACCGUAAAUUCCCUUCCGUGCAAACUGCAUCUACUCCGCAUGAACAAGCGCAGCGAGAUCUCAGCGACAGGCGUAUGGUUACUGCAGUUAUCAAUGCGCUGCUGAGCAUAGGGGGCGCUGGCGUAGCAACAUGGUGGGCGGCAGGAAGACUAGCUUGGAAGGACGAGUGGAAAGUCCUCCUGGCCUUGUUUGUUGCCAUCGUGGUUGCGACUUCAGAGGCUAUUCUAUACAUGAUAUGGGAUGCUCGUCGCACGCAACGUCUAGCAGGCCGCUCAUGGACGGUGUCGAAUGGACCUGCCAAGCUCAAGAAAGAGGAAGUCGGCCAGGAUUCACAGCAGUCGAAAACAGUCGCCAGUUCUACUGGGACAUCCACUUCUCUCAAUGCUGAGAAAAGUGCAUUACGCGAGCGUAACGCCAAAACAGCCCCAGAAGCCUUGGAGCAGUAA